AUGUCUAUCUACGUGGUGACGCUUCUUCUAGGACUAUCAGGUUGCAUCUGGGCACAGUCAACAGCCCUACCUCCAUCGUGCAACGAUUUUAUACCCUGCCAAGCAGCACUGAACAACGAGCUUAAUCUCACUAAUCCCCAGCCAUGGUUCUAUCCGGAAGAGUUUAGGAACAAGGUAGAAGUGUUCUACCAGCAGAAAGGAGCAAUAGGACUGCGAACUGUUUGCAAAGCGUUCCGAAACUUCAAAACAUGCAUGGGAAGCGAGUACAGCCAGUGCAUCAACCCGUCGUAUUUCGUUACUGGUUCGGUGCCUAUCUUACAAUCAUACCAGUAUGUAAGCACAUUCAACACAAUGCACUAUGUUUGCGGUGGAGGAAUGCAGAUUUAUCUGGACAACGACGCAUGCAUGUCGUCGACGUGGAGCGGCGCGUCGGGAGAGCAACUGAACGCUUGUCGCACUAGUUAUGAAAUGAAAAGUAAUACGAUGCCCGACAAUGCGUGCUACCUCGCUAAUACCUUCACGUCUUGUUUCGAGCAGCAAUUCCAAAUCGGAUGCGGCCAGAAUGCGAAAGACGCUCAAUUUUGGGGUUGCGAAUAUGCCAGAGUGGAAGUUUUCACUAGAUUUCCCCAGUGUGAUGUCAGCUGUGUCUUGCCUUACGCUGGAGGUAUAAUCGGUUGA